UUCUUGCCUCCCAAAAAAAUCUCCAAGUUCUGAUAUCUCAGCCACCCAGCACCUCCAGUAGAACAGACCCCCGUACAGCUCAGCACAGCUCAGCUCAACAGAAUCGCAGGAAGCUUGAGGACUUUGUAAAGGGCACUGGAGAGAAUUCAUAACAGGAGGAUACAGACAGGCAGAGCUCUCUAAGGAAAAAAGAAUCAUCUCUUCAAAACAUAUUUUUCUUUCUAAAUAAAGACAGCUUGCCUCUUCUUCUGCCGCUACGCUGUCAAAAAACAACACAGAGAAUUUCUUCUUCAAGAAGACAAAACAUCUCUGCCGAUCCCUUAAAAAAUAUGAACACCAGGCGUAGAUGAACCUUACUGGAGGUAUUUGCGGAAUGAACCAGUGGAAAACAGUGGGGAACAGCAAAGGCUACAUAUAACUUUAGGGGAACGUGCUAGAGCUCAGAGGCUGAGCAGAAGAAGGAGGAUCAUUUGUGUUUUUUUCUAGGAAGAUGUUUUUGGCAGCUGUGAUAUUAACAGACUUUACCUGUCUAGUGACAAAACGCUAUAUAUAAAAACAGUUACUUGACCGGUCUUAUGCAGCUGCUUUAAAUAACUUAUACCACGGAUACAUUUAAACCAGGAUUCAAGCUAGAGGGAUCUAAGGUUAAGAAGGGAUUUACAUUCUCUCACCCUUUGCCUUUGUCAGAAUAUAGAUUCAGACCCUGAUCUGUGCAGUCGAACAGACAGAAGCAUCAGGACUUUUCACUGUGAGAGAAAAGAGGCUCUUAUUAAGAGAUAAAAAAAAACCUUAUUCUUACCAUUGGGUGCCUAAUUGAAAAGAUCCUAAUGACAAGUGAUUUGUCAAAGUGAUCGAGGAAUCUCUGUAUAUUUUUUUAUUUUUAAUUUUUGUAUUCUGCAAACCCCUUUGAGCUCCUGCCUGGUGCUUAGCAAGGCAAGGGUCCGGGCUUGAGGGAAUCUCAGUUUUCUAUUGCUGCUUGAUGGAGUGUUAAUAUGAUUUAAAGCAGCCUGUAUCUUUUUUUUCUUUUCUGGGUGGUCGCUGUGGACAUUUCCUUCCAGGCAAGAUGGGGAUUUCUGGGUUGUUUCUGUGCGCAGGUACCCCCCAUCUCUCCGGUUUUAAGACGCUGCGGUGUUUUAGCUGCAAGUGUUAAACUCGCAUUGCUCACCCUGCAAGACAAUUCCCCAUCCCGGCUUGAUCUAUGGAUGAUCUGUGGGGCAGCCGAAUCAAUCUCAGUUUAUUAUUUCCUGUCAUGGUAUUGGAAUAUCGACAUUGCUUUUACCUGGAGGUCAAUUAAAGUUUGAUACAGAGAAGUCUGGAUUAUCCGGGCUAAAGGGUUUCAAUGCUCUCACUUGCUCUAAGAUGAAGUUAUGGAAGUUUGCAGCCAUCUCCUUGAUGCUCUUCGGUGUCGUGCUGUCAGCUUUACUCAGUAGAGACAUGAUUUCUGGAGGAGAGGGACCCAGAGCCAACUCUUCAUCAUCAUCAUCAUCAUCAUCAUCAUCAUCAUCAUCAUCAUCAUCAUCAUCAUCAUCGUUGUCACCAUCAUCCUCAACGACGGGCCUUCGAAGAUCAGCCAGAGACACAAACAAACCCAGCUCCCUCCUGAGAGAAUUUACAGCUUUGUUUCAAAGCUACACAAAAGGGGAGGUCCAGCAGCUGAUCAACACCCUCAUCGACAGACACCAACCGGCUGGUGCAGGCAAGAGGACUAAGAGGGCCAAAAAGGGCCUGAAGCCGUGCUCACUGAAGGAGCUGGAGGUGAGCGUGAGCGAGCUGGGCCUGGGCUACCAGAGCGACGAGACGCUUCUCUUCCGCUACUGCAGCGGGAAGUGCAACGCGGGCCGCCGCAACUACGACCUGACCCUAGAGCACAUGAAGCGGAGCGGCCAGGUGAAGAAGGGCAAGGCCAGGCACAAGCCCUGCUGCCGGCCCACCACCUAUGAUGACGACUUUUCCUUCUUGGACAACAACUACGAGUAUCGCACCAUCAAAGAGGUGUCCGCCAAGGAGUGUGGCUGCAUCUAGGGCGGUGGAGAUAACGCUAGAACGGGCAGCCUCAGCCCGAGCCUCUAGACAGAACCAGGAUUUGCAUUAUUUUUUCAUUUUGGAUUGACGUGCAAGACAUUGAAAAUGUAUUCCUAUUCUUAUCUGGAUAAUCCAGUAUCCAGAUUAUUCCUGGAGUGUAGAAUCUUGGUUGAAGCAGAAACCUACUUGCAUGUUAACGCAGUGACUCAUAUAAGCCUGUCCCAGAUAAAGAGCUGUGUGUGAAGCUCUAUUGACACAAGCUUUCACUGUAUUGUGCCAGUCAUAGUUAGAAGGUAGACUCUAAAGAGUUUCUCCCAUAAGUGCGUGAGAGCUGACUGCAUACAGACUGCUGUCAUCUUCAGUGCAAAUGUCCCAGCAAGAGAAAGUGUCAGCCCAAAAACAUUCUCUGAUACAGUAACAAGCACUCGCAUACUGAUGGAAAAGACUGUAUACAUAGAUACUUUGCUUGACAAAACAUUGUAGUCAAAUUAGUAAGGGAAACGGGGCUAGAUUCUCAAAGCUUCACAUUGGCAUUCCUAUGAUCUGUUCAGAAAAGAAAAAAAGAACACACCCAAUAAAGUUACUGUAAAUGUAAUUGAGGCACUUUUUAGAAGUCCCAAGUUGUCUCAUCAGUUUUAUUAUUGCAAUUGCUGCCUGUUUGGAGUAGAAGGUUUGAGAAUGUCGUCCUCUGUGUUGAUGGGGAGUGAAUACAAACGUUUGUCAUGUAUCUCUAUACAUACGUGUGUGUGUGUGUGUGUCUACAAUACCACUUUUUUUUGUUUUUUUUAACUCAAACUGUCCAAUGAAUCAGCUCUGACAAUCUACCUCAUUUCAGUUGAACACAACUGAAUGACAGCCAUCGGAAACCAGGAAGUCACUGACCAUGCUCUCUAGCUGCAGGGAGGCCCCCCAGAAUGGAAUCGAAGCAAAGGGAAGCCUGCUUGGACUGAGGAUUCUCAUUCAGCAGUAAAGAACAGCCACCAAAUCAUCGAGGCUUGAUAUCAAAGACCAACAAAGACGGGGUUACAGUGAAACACACUAUAUGUAUUUGUAUAUAUGUCUCGUUACCCAUGGUGGACAAAAUUAAACAAGGAAACGAAUGUUAAGCAUUGCAUAAUUUAUAUUUAUAACACUGUGCUCCAAGCCUCACCUUCCCUGCUGUGUAAUAGCUUGUAGAUGUGUAAUUGUGAAUGAUCAGGCAACAGCUGUCCAGAGCCAUACAAUCCACCACAGUCCAGUACCAAUCGAUUCAAUCAAUAGUGACGGGGAAGCUUUCCCAGGCAGUGUGUGUUUUUUAUGUAUUUAUUUUUUUUAUAUUUUGAUUUAUGGUGUGAUUCGUGGCACGUGCAAAUAGUAUGGGAAGCAUCCGUAGAUGUUGUCAUACGCUGCUGUAGAUAAGAGAUCAGGAUGUGGAUAAAGUUUUCUGCAUUUCUGAUUUUUUUUUUUUAAAAGCCUUUUUUAAAAAAAAAUAAUUUUCAAAACAAAGAUGUCCCGUUUUUUUUUUUGUUUGUUUUUGUUUUUUCUGAAAUGCUUUAUUUUAAAUCCCGGUAAUAACAGUUUAACGCACAGAAAUUGCUGCGUAGUUUUAACUCUUUAAGAUUCAUAAACAUUUGUUAACGUCCCAGGCCCUAAAAAAAAAAUUAUGCAUGUUAACUGCUGCUUUAUGUGGAAGCAUUGUCAUAUAAGCAAGUGCUGAAUUUACAAUUACAUCCAUAACUAGGAAAAACUGAAGAAUGCUAAAUUAAAUACUUCAAUUAAUGCCACUGAAAAGGACUGCAAGUCGAAAUGUUUGUCCUUGAAUGCAUUACAGUUCUUUGAGGAUUUCUGAAUUUAUAAUUACAUGACUAUCAUACAAUAGUGUUAUAUUAAGAAAUACUUCAAUGAACCCUUUAAGAUACAAGGGGCAUAUGUGUCCCACAAACAAAAAUGAUGCCAGCUUAUUUAUUGCUGCAAUGAGGUGAACAAAUAAGAAAGGUCAUCCAAAUACUUGAGUCACUCUCAAAAAAAAAACAAGCACUCAGUUCCUUGUGCACCUUAAGGAGUUAAAGCCAAUGAAAAAGACUUGUCGAAACGUUUGUCAUUAAAUGCAUUACAUAUUUCUGAAUUUACAAUCAGUUACUGUUUACUUCAUGGCUUUAAUCCAGUAUGGACACCAUGCAUUGUUUCAUAAUCGCUUUCUCAUCAAAAUUGAAAUAACACAGUAAAAUGGUUUCCUAUGCGAUGCAUCACCACUGUUACUAGUGUCAAGCUUAUGGUUUAAAAUAAGGUUUGCUUACACUGUAGUGUCUGUGGUCAUUAUUAAUAACUGUACAAUGUUAAAAAGACCAAAAACAUUUAUAGAUGAAUUAUGUUUAUGAAAAAUCCUUAAACUGAAGCGUUACCAUAUUGGUUCCCUCAUAGCUUCUACAUGAUUCAGAGCUGACAAAAAAAAUAAUAAUUUCCUUAUCCAAGCAUUCCACUGGACUGCGCUCUCAGAAGUAUUUUCUUUGCUUUUUUGUUUACGACUCGAGGAAAAAAUGUCCCUAAACAGACUGCAGUUUCUAAUGAAUUUCAGCUGAAACCAUAACAUUAUCUGCAUGGGCUGGGGGCUGGUUUCAUGUGGCUUUUUAUUUUAAUCAUUUAGAAAAUAUGCUUGCAGUCAAGUGCGACUUUGCUUCCUGUUUGUGGUACGCAGCGAAGCGUCAAUCAACCAGGAAAGCUGUCACAUGCUCCACAGGCUCUGCUUCCUGUGUUGUAACUGGGGUGGCUAGAGACAGAAUUGUUCAUUGCAUGUUGGGAGCACACAGGGGAAAAAACAAAGCAGGGAUGUGUGCUGUUCAAUCCUAUAUGUCUCCACAAACGCCAAUGGUCCUGGGCUUGCCUGGUAGACCAUUUUAAAAUCAAAUCAAGCAAUGCAGGUCUGUAAUAAACUCAAGUUAAACUCCCCCGACUAAAUACUGAAUCCAGCAUCCUUUUACUGUACACUACAGUAACAUAUGUUGAUAAUGUAAAGUGAUGCACAAGAAAAUGUUUAGCGCCAUAGAAUGGUAUAACCUGACAAUUGCUGUAAAUAAGACUUGCUCCCCUGUUGGAUAAAGGAGAGAAAAGCAAGACAUUUUUCUUACUUUCUGUCAGCACCAGCAACAUCAUUAUUACACUUUUACAUGAAGUGUCUCUAAUACUGUGUAGUUACAUAGUAGUUACUUAGUAAAUACACGUGUGCUUACACAUAAUUACAAUGUACUUCAUGUGUAAAUAUCUUGUAUCUUGUAUGCAGUUAUUUCUAGAGCCUGUUCCAAUCAUUAACCUGUACUGGUAUGGCCGUUGAGUCGGGAAUUGAGUGCCACUCCUGCCAUGCAUUGAAUUUGGUCUAAACCCUAUAGAAAUAUCAGCUCUGCUAAAAAAAGAAAAAAAUACUCAACUGCAUUGAAUAUAAAAUGUUGUUUGUUUCCUUUUCUCUCUAAAUGCUGGUUGUAUAAAUAUCAUACAUUUAACUUUAUAUGUACAUGAAAGCGGCCCUUAUCAUAUCUGCAUUUAAAAAAGUAUGUAUGUAAGGGCCCUUUUAUAUGAAACAUAUAUUACUAAAUAUUAUUAUUAUUAUUUAUUUCUUAGCUGACUCCCUUAUCCAGGGAGACUUACAGUCGUAAACAAAAAUACAUUUCAAGAAUAUAUAUAUAUAUAUAUAUAUAUAUAUAUAUAUAUAUAUAUAUAUAUAUAUAUAUAUAUAUAUGCAAAAUUGUUAAAUAUGUAUGUCAUAUAUGUGGCACAUAUGACUUGUCAGUAACACAUGUUAGAGUUCUGUUCUGGCAUCGUUGGACUGUUUGACCAACUGGAGCAAGUUGAUGCAAUGCAUCUGUAUUAUGGAUACUCUCUAUUUAUUCAAAAGUAAGUUAUGUUUAUUUAUUUAGGUAUAUCGUCAUUGAUAAAGAAAAAGAACACGUUUAUUUAUUUAACUAUCGGUGCCAAACUGUUUACAUGUAUUAUAUUCUACACCCUAUACUUAACUGUUGAAUAAAAUGUAUCGACUUCAAA